GCCAACCCCCAGGACCAGCUGCACCCUGACCCGGACAGCUAGCAGCUGUGUCCAUCCCCAGGUCCCCGUCCCCCGCCAUGGCCCUCUGGAUGCGCAUCCUGCCCCUGCUGGCCUUGCUGGCCCUCUGGGCGCCGGCCCCGACCGCAGCCUUCGUGAACCAGCACCUGUGUGGCUCCCACCUGGUGGAGGCGCUGUACCUGGUGUGCGGGGAACGCGGCUUCUUCUACACGCCCAAGGCCCGUAGGGAGGCCGAGGACCUGCAGGCGAGGGACUCGGAGCUGGGCGGGGCGCCUGGCGCGGGCGGCCUGGCCCUGGGUCUGGAGGGGGCCCUGCAGAAGCGCGGCAUCGUGGAGCAGUGCUGCACCAGCAUCUGCUCCCUCUACCAGCUGGAGAACUACUGCAACUAGGGCGCGCGCCCCAAGCACCGGCGUCCCCGGGACCUUUGACACCCUGCACCCCAAGCGAGUUAAUAAACCCUUAAAUGAGCCUG